CCACGUGGACCAAACCGCAUUCCUUCGGUUGAAAGCGGGUCAAUUAAAGCCCAAAUAACUUUUAUUUAUUUUUUCCAUUUCAUCAGAAGAAAAAACAACUUUUAUUUCUUCGAUUCAUUAUCGAUCUGCAUCAACGCCUUCAUAAUGGAUGAGAUUGAACUCAAAACAGCCCCUGCUGAUUUUCGGUUCCCGACGACCAACCAAACGCGGCAUUGUUUUACUCGCUACAUUGAGUUCCACAGGUGCGUGGCUGCGAAGGGCGAAGAAGCUGGUGACUGUGAUAAAUUUGCCAAAUACUAUCGCUCCCUUUGCCCUGGUGAAUGGGUCGAGAAGUGGAACGAGCAGAGGGAUAACGGGACAUUCCCUGGGCCUCUAUAAUUCAAAUACCUUGUUAACGUUUCUGGUUCUCUCUCUUUUUAUUUUCUGUUAUCCUGCAUCCAUUUGAAGCUGGUUCUUUUGGAGUGAGAUAAUAAUUUCAUUUGCAAAUAAUCUUAAGCUUUACCAUUCAAAAUAAAAAAUUGCUCAACGGAAAUGCCAAGCCGAUCGAGUUCAAAUUUCGUGUUA